CUCUGUCUCCUCGGGAGACCCGCCUGCCUGUGUUCAGGGUGGGGGCUAUGGUGACGCUGGGCUGCGCCUCUGGUUCUCUUUAAGGCAGCAGCCUCCCUGGCCAUGGCUCUGAGGGAGCUGAAAGUUUGCUUGCUGGGGGAUACUGGUGUAGGCAAAUCAAGUAUUGUGUGGCGAUUUGUAGAAGACAGCUUUGACCCUAACAUCAACCCAACAAUAGGAGCGUCUUUUAUGACAAAGACUGUGCAGUAUCAAAAUGAGUUGCAUAAAUUCCUAAUCUGGGAUACAGCUGGACAGGAACGAUUCCGUGCUUUAGCACCAAUGUACUACCGAGGCUCAGCAGCAGCUAUUAUAGUUUAUGACAUCACAAAAGAGGAAACCUUCUCAACAUUAAAGAACUGGGUGAAAGAACUUCGACAACAUGGACCUCCAAACAUUGUUGUAGCUAUUGCAGGAAAUAAGUGUGACCUUAAUGAUGUAAGAGAAGUCAUGGAAAAAGACGCUAAAGACUAUGCAGAUUCCAUCCAUGCCAUAUUUGUAGAGACCAGUGCUAAAAAUGCAAUUAACAUAAAUGAACUCUUUAUAGAAAUUAGUCGUAGAAUUCCAUCAACUGACACCAACCCCCCAUCUAGCGGUAAGGGCUUCAAACUUAGAAGACAGCCUUCAGUGACAAAACGCAGCUGUUGUUGACUGAUACUUUAGAAAAUCAGACUUGUUUUGAAAGUAGGUGGUCUUGGAAGCUAAUAGUUUAUGUUGAGUAUACAUUAUUGGUCUUAGAACUUAUCUGCCUGAUGUUCAUACUUCAAGGUCCCACAAAAAUGGACCAGCUCAUCUGACAUCUGUCUGUCACAGAAGAGACUGCAGUCGUGAUAAUGUCAGCCUGUUUACUUACAACAUGUAUAGUGUCUCUUGUAUUCAAAGGGAAUCCAUCAUUAGUUCUUUGGCCUUGCGUGAAAGGAAUGUCGACAUAUGGAUGGUAGGACUGAAAUGUUUAAUAGUUUUGUAAUCAACAUUAUAUGUAAUGUUUUUUGUAAAAGGGAAAUGAGCACUUUUGUGGUCCAGAGGGAUGAGGAAGGGGGAAGACACAGCCCUGUUUAAAUAGUGACUUUAAUCAUAAGGCUAUUCUGCUACCCUUUCAAUUGUUAUAAUGAGCAUUAUUUUAAAUCCAAAGUACAGUGAGACAAUUGGUUGUAGAUGGCUACAAAAUAAGUUACUGAUAAAAAAUGAGCAAAUCAGCCCAUCCAGUCCCCAGAUCCCACUUGCACUUUUUAUUUAAAAGUAAUAUGAACAAACAAGCAAUGAAUUUUAAACCAUAGACAAUCUUACCUUUUCAUGCUGGCUUAAUCAUUUAAAGGCAAACUGAUACAUUUAUAAGCACGUAUUUGUUUUAGUAAGCAUUUUUACUAUUAAAAAUGGUGGUGGAAGAGAACCUAGAUGAAACUCUUUCUAAAUUUAAACUUGAGCAUGACUGACUGACAACAGAUGCCAUCAAUAGUUCUAGUAAGACUUUAAUAUUUGGGGGAAAGUUCUUUAUUGCUUCGCAUGUGUAAAGUGUUUGUACUAUAUUUAUGAGACCAAUGCCUAAAGUAUUAUAAAUUAUGUAAAAGCAGUUGAGAAAUCAGCUUUCUUCAGUCUUUCCAUUACUCACCCAUUGACAGAGUCCCUGGGGAUCUGCAACAAUUCUAUCCCCGCUUGUGAGGUCUUACAUUGCAGUGACCUCUUCCAGAAGAAGAUUGGGUGAUGCUUCCCUCCUAUCACAUCUGCAUUUCUGCUUGAAAUGGCUGGUAGAUGUUGCUGUUGGUGAAGCAUGUGGCUUGUCCAUUGAGCAGAUCACUUCUGCAGUGCACCCAAUCCUUGCUGGCUAGGCACACAAACAGGAAACCAAAUCCAAGUCACGUAUGGUAGCGUAGAUCGUUACCUCUUGGUUCCUGGGUCUAGCCCAAAUAACUUUUUAAUUACUUGGCAUUUUUUUUUAAGCAAAUCAGCUUUUCGCUUAUGUUGUAUUGUUUUUCUUACAUUUUAUAUUAAACUAUAAAUUAACCGUAUCCUUUUAUGCUAUUUUCAUUAUUUAUUUUUAGUUUCCUCCGGAGCUAGUAGAGAACUUCUUAUUUUUUAAAGGAAGAGUAUUUUCAAUAUUUGAGUUUAAGUUUUGAUUCUGAAAUUAAAGCCAUGUCUGUGAUAUUUGUUCUCGAUUUGUAAUUUGGCAUUCUGCAAUCUUAAGUAUUUUAGCUGAAGGAGAUUUCAAAGAAUAAGUAGGAAAUGAAACAGCUUAUACUUCAGAUUAAAUCAUACUCAGAAUCCUUGUUUCAAAGCUAUCCUCAGGCAAAACUAUUUUGCUGUUAUCGUAACUUGGUGUGAUAGAAAGCAUAUUCUGAAUGUGGUUAAUAAGCUUUAAUGAAAUGUUGGGGUUAAAACUUCUUAAGACCAAGAUUUCAAAAUGUGGCCUCUAUCUGUGGGUAUGCAGUCCUUUGAGUGUGCACUUCUGUUUGCUGCAAUAGCAUACACAUGCUCAAACUCCCUGCAUGUGCAGAUGGGUUAUGAGCAUAUAAAGUCUAUUGUGUGUGCCCAGAAAGUUGCAUGCACAUAUAUGGAGGCUGGUUUGCCCUAACAGAGAAUCUUACAAUGAAGACGGAAUAAUUAUGUAUUGGUGUGCAUCAUGGUUCAGCCCUAAGAUAUAUAAUAAUAUGAUUGAAAUCUUUGUGCGGCAUUUGAAGCAAUAGAUUAUAAACAUAAAGUUUAAAGUUUUGUAAAAGCUAUGAUACAGUAUUAUAUCAAAGCAGGCUAGCAACUGACCACUUAAUUAUAUACAAAAAGAAAAGGAGUACUUGUGGCACCUUAGAGACUAACAAAUUUAUUUGAGCAUAAGCUUUCGUGAGCUACAGCUCACUUCAUCGGACUGAAAUGUUUAAUAGUUUUGUAAUCAACAUUACAAGUACUCCUUUUUUUUGCGGAUACAGACUAACACGGCUGCUACUCUGAAACUUCAUUAGUUACUCAAAGCCCUUGCACAAUGGCAAUAAUUAAACGCCAAACUUGUUUGAAAGUUUUGCUCUGUCUUCGGUUAACCAACUGGCAGAGUUCUAAUAAAUAACAGACCGAGAUGUAGUUAUCCACUUAAUGAAGCUACAUUAAAAAAUGUUUGAUUUCAAAGCUAGUCCUAAAAAGAUGUCAAGCAGUAUACUCUUCUGGCACUUCAGUAUGCUUUUGUAGCAGAGUUCCCUUUCAGGAUAACAAAAAAUAUAUUCCUCUUUUGGGGUUGGGGAGGUUUACUUGGAAGCAUCAGCUCACCAUUUUGUAAUGCAUGUUUUGUAAUCUUGUGUUAUCGCUGUAACCCCACACUGAAAAUAUUUUGUACCCUUCAAUUACAAAUAAUUGCUUUUUGUUCCAGUUUCUUAUCUAAAGAUAAGAUUCAGUAUAUACUUACAGUAGGUUCUGUCGAGCUGCUACUAAAUACCAUGUUUUGUUAUCACGUGGUUGCAUGGUGUCAUAGUUCUACCUGCAAGCUGUUGAUGUUGGCAGUGCUUCAGAAGUCUCCUUCCCCAUUCCACUCCAAGGUAUUAGGUACCUUUACUAUCUUUAAUAUAAUAUGUUCACCUGCCUUGGAUUUCUUCAGGCUUAUUAAUCGUGUUUGAACAUAAGAAUUUUAUUGUAAAUCUGACAAGUUUCCAGACACUGAACAGCAUAUUUAUUUUUUUAAUAUCUGUGAAAGAUCAAUAACAUCUCUCAUGCAGAAGAUCCAUUCAGGGAGCCGCAAACAGAUUCGUACCCUCUAAAUUAUCACUUCAGUGUCCUUGCACCUAAAAGUGUAGGUUUAAACUCUAUUGUCUCCUCACAGAGAAUAACUGGCUUAACUACACCUAUAAAAUAUGCAUUACUUGAAAAAAAGAUUUGACUCUAGAAUUGUAGUAAUAGUCUUACAGUAGAGUCCCCAGUCAGGAUCCAGUGAAGCCAUAUAGCCAUAUCUCUUCUUAGCAAAUCUUUAAAAACUUGAGAGAGGGCCAAAAAGAGGGUUUUUUUUUUCUUCCUUGGACAGCAUUUGUUUUUUCCAAAUACAGUUUGGUAUAUGGUAAAUUUGGUCACUGGCAAGAUAGACUAAGAUUAAUACAUCAUCUUCUCUAACAAGCCAGUCCUAUAUCCUUCCUUUUCUGACUAAAUCUUGAUGCCUCAUAACUCUUCUUCCUUUUACUUUUUUAAAUCUAUAGAAGUGAAAUUUCUCUGUAGCUCUACCCACUCGAAUGAGGUAUCAGUGUAGUUUUUUUCCCCUUUGUACAGUUGUCUUCUGAUUCUGAAUCACACAUUGUUAGACUUAACUUGGGCAUUUCCAUGUCUUCAUUAUCAGAUUACUUAAAAAUACUUUCAUGCACGUUAGCUGAGACAAAGUGUCUUGUUAGUAUCAUGCUUGUUUAAAAUGUGUCAGUAUGCUGAGAUCUAAAUUCUUUUGAUCCCAGAUCCCAACUUGAGUGUUCACUUGUCAAUAAUCUGGAUGCUGAAAUACAAUUACAUGAGUAAACGUCUCCCUGGGUCAGAGACAUCCAUGUAGUUGAGUGUUUGGCUUGUUGCAGUUUCAUCUCUGGCAGAGCUACGUAGCUUUCCUGCAAAUUCUUCUUCAGGCUUGUCUACACUUACAUUUUAUAGCGCUCUAACUUGCUGGCUCAGGGGUGUGAAAAAUCACCCCCCUGAGCACAGCAAGUUUGAGCGCUUUAAAGCGCUAGUGUGGACAGGCUUCUCUGAUGGAGGUGGAUUACCAGGAGCGCUGGGAGAGCUCUCUCCCAGCACUCGCGCGUGACCAUACUCACGCUUCAAAGUGCUGCUGCAGGAGCGGUCCCGCAGCAGCGCUUUGAAGUUUCUACUGUAGAUGUAGCCUUCAUAUGUGCUGCACAGUGUUCAGCUGAGUUACUUACAUUUUUUGUCCCUAAAUAACUUUUGAGUCUGUUCUUUUGGAGGUAUUGAGCAUCACUGGUUCUAGUUGACUUUCUAAAAACUCUCUCUUCUCUGAAGUAGAUCAGAAGCUCUGCACUUCUAAGGUCUCAGCUUUUUAAAUGGCUGAAAUGCACUCUUGAAAAUCUAGCCUCUGAUAUUCUCAAAGGGAAUGGACUUCUUUGAGGUACGAUUUGAAUAAUGGAUGAAAGUAACAUUAUUCUCUGUGUAGCACAAUGCAUGUCUUUCUGUAAUGAUCCUGUGCAUCUUUUUGAAACUGACAAAGUAGAAACAUUUCAGCUUUCUUCAGACUGUGGACAAGACUUACUUGUUUUUCAAAUGAAGUAUAAAAGUGUAGCAACUGUUGGCUGACAUGUCUAAGAUAAAGCUUUGGGAGCUGGAUAAGCAUGCUCCUAAAUUUUGGGCCGGGGGGGCAAAACCUCACAAAACAACAAGGGACUGAACUCUUCAGUCCCAAAUAUAUGCUUAGAAACUGCUUCUCUGAUGUACGUGGCUUUACAGUACCAUGUUUGUGUGUACCUGCUGAGAUCCUCCUAUUAAGCCUCUAAGUGGACGUGCUCUGCCAGUUUACUUACUUUAAGAAAAGGCAGAAACAUUCCCGGGUUUUUUUUUCUAGAGGCAAGAUUAUUGAAAAUGCUCUGGAAGCUAGGAAUCGGAGUUCUCUUGGGAGUUAACAGUUUUUGCUGCCAAGAAGUUAAAAUUAUUGAGCUAUUUGUUGAAGCUUAUUAGAGAAACCACAUCUUGUAUUACUAGCUUAUUUUUGUCUUGCCUGUUUUUAAACUUUAAAUUGAUGCAGCCCUUAACGUCUAGUGAAAUCAGUAAUAUUUUUUUGCUUGAAGUGCUACAGGAUCUGGUCCUUAAUGUUUUUGAUGGGGGCAUUCUGUGCAAAAUAAACCCCUUUAUGUGACUAUAUGUAACAUGAAUAUAACUUUACUACAAGCACAUGUGUUGGGGGUGUUUCACCUCCCAUAAAAUAGUGUAGUUGGAAAAUAUGAUAGUUGCUAUAGUGUUUUGAAAACAUCAUUCUUUAAAUUGGUCAGGAGACUGGGCAUUCAUUGUUCACUGUCCAGCUCUCAUCAGGGAGCCAUUUCUUUCAUAGAUAGUAAAGCCUUCAAUUUAGUUGCUGAAAAUAAAAUCAUUCAAGGUGAAUAUCUUGCAUGAUUUAAAAGCUAUCCUCAACAGGCUCUUCAUGAAGAUGUUAAAUCUAAACUAUUCCUUAUUUAAUAUUACUGGAGACAAACAUGAUAUAAAACACUUAAGAUUAUGGUGCGGGAAAAGAAGCUUUAUCAGUGAUGUUUGGAUGACUUCCCUCCUUGUGGAAGUGUCUCUAGUAUUUAUUGAGAAUGAGGUUUUAUAUUUUUGCUGUGUUGACUACCUUGGGAAUUGCAGAUUUACAGAAGAUGCUGUCUAAACUCCAUGGCCUAUCUCUCCUUCAGUGAGCCUUGCUCAUAAAUAGCAAUAACUAAACAAAAGUAAAAAUUCAAAGCAAAUACUU